UUUCUGAUAGACUCUUGCACUAAACCUCUGAGUUUCUUCAAUGAUUAAUAAGGAUUGUUUUCAAUUCUGUCCUAUGGAGAAUAGAAAUAAACUUUUCUCCAUAGACAUAAACAUGGACAUAAACUACUACCUAUGUAGUAAGGCUAUAUUACUAUUAUCCUUCUCAUCUUUCCUAUUACCUUCUAUCAUUGGUAUCUUAUGAUUACAUUACUUUGUUGUUUGUAUGCACACUGAGAACUUAUGCACUGGAGACAAAUUACUUGGUUGUCCAAUUACAUUUGGCCAAUAAAUAAUAUUAUACAGAGAGAAAAAAAAUCUAUUGAAACUUGAUCUGCCUGAAAUAUUUGUGGUUGAAGGUGUUAAAAUAGACUGUGAUAUUUCAAUUUAUCUAAGGAUUAUUACUUUUACUCAUGAGGACUUUUCUUAUCAAUCAAAAAUCAUUACAAUGUUGCAUAUCAUAUAUGAUAAUAGAUGAUACACGAGCUGUAGGUAAUACAGUUAGUCCUCGACUUACAAUCAUUCGUCAUGAAAACAAUCCCUCUAUUGAUCCCCGCUACACUUAGCUCCGGUUUACAGCAGCGGCAUAUACAAAACACGGCGCUGGAAUAGCAGCCAGGGAGCCGGGAUCUCCAGCGGUACAGAUAAGUUUCCCUCUCUCACUCCGUGGAAUCCCGUCCUGCUGCGUCCAUGGCAACGGUUGCCGCGACUCAUUAAAACCCCGCGAAGGUGGCAGCCUGAGGCCGAGGCCUGGGCGCUUUUCGCCUCCUCCUGCGAAUGCGACUGAAUUUACAACACCAUGCCUAUUUUAAAAGUGCCGGUGCGUUAUAACUUUGGCAUUGUGUCCCCUGAAGAGCACGAAAAGCUCCAACAGAGACUGAUGACUGAAUAUCUGAAAAAAUGUUCAGUUGAUUUCAAGAUAAAACCACUUAGAAAUCCAUUUGAACUUACUGAAAAAUUCAUUGAGAAUUUCAAUAAUGCCUCAGAAACAGAAAGAAAGGUAGCAUUCAUAGAUCUGGCUAAAAAAAUGCUUGCUAGAUGCAAGAGACGAUUGGGACUCAAUGUAUUAGGCUGUGGGAAGUAUGUGAAUCUUCCAGUAGCAUGGACUGAGGCAAUAAUGUUAUCUCAAUGCAAAGGAGAAAUUAGUGAAGAAGCUCUUGAGAUUCUUGGAAUUUCAUUGGAUCAUGCUCCUAUUGCUCCAGAACACAUCAGUAUUUUAUUUUUUGUAGCUGAAUGCAUUUUGUAUAAACUCUGUUAUGAUGCAGCACAGAAACCGUAUCUAUUCUCAUGUGAAAUCAAAUUGUUGAAGCUUGGAUUUUUAGUCUUUUUAAGACUACUUCUGCUAUAUUUAUUUGGUUACCAGAGAUUUUCCGAAGAACACAAAUCCAGGCUUAACACUGGCUUGAAAGCAUUAGCAGCAUGUGAAAUGUGCUAUCAACUUUACCCAAACAUUCUUUUUAUGGUGCAAUUUAUACUGAAGGCUGGAGAAAUUAUCUGUGAAACAGCAGUGGUUUCUGAAUCACAAUUAGAAUCCCAGGAAAAUUUAGAAGAAAUGGAGGAAAAACCACUUCUUGACACAACAUCCACGAAUGCCAGCUCAGCAACCGAGUUAAAUUCCAAACAAAAGCAAUUCAGAAUUAAGCAAUUUCUUUGGCACAGCCUUCUUGUUUGGGUUUGUGUACAUAACAGCAGCUCUGAAAUAGAUGCAGUCCUCAUGCAUGUCCUAUUCUAUAAGGAACAGCUUCAUCAAAAAAACUGGUUGGAAUCAGUACUGGCCCUGAUGGUGCUGGGAGAAAGUGCCAAAUUAAACAUGUCAUGUCUGAAAGUUUUAAUGGACCUAGUAAAAUAUUUUAUUUCAAGCUCUGUGCCUCUUCAAAAACAGGAAAAGAAUAACAAGAAAAAGAGGUCAUGUUGGCACUGGCAAGUAGGAUACAUAUAUACAAAUAUCCUGAGAGAAAUCUGUUUGCAUGGCAUUAAUGCAGAUUUACAAAAAACUGCUUUUCUUGGAUUCUGUGACUGUGGAAAGGAAUAUGAUAAUGACAAAGAAUUAAGAGGAGCAAAUUUUCCUGAUCUUUUGAACUUCUGCCUUCCAUCUGAUGACUAUAACGAUCCCUUCUGGGUUAUACGUUAUGGUGUGAUCUACAAUCUUGUUAUCCUGCGUAGUGAACUCUCAGGAGAUGUGAAUCGAGAAGGAUUAAGAAAUGCUGUCUGGCGAACUUUACAAAAACAAAAGGGUGCUGAAAAGGAUAGUCGAGUCCUGGAUGCAGCAAAAGUAGCAGAGGUUGAAACCAAAGGUCAAAUAAAGACUUUCCUUUCAUCAAAAGAGCCAUCAAAUUUUAUCUAUCUCUUGUCACCCCAGUGCAUUGGUUGGAGAGUCACUACUGCCAUGUGCCAUCACUUCCUGCCACCCAUUGGGCCUAAUAUCCCUUUGUCUCAUCUGCCUAAGAGGAAGCCAGUAUUAUUGCCACAUCAAAAAUUGGAGCCAGUAGUUACAGAGAAGAAAAACAAACGCUUGUCUUUAAGGGAAGAACUUUUGCAAGCUGGUGUACCAAAAUAUCCAUAUCCCGAUUACCUUACACGUACUGAUAUGGAACUAAGGAGAAUCAUAAAUGCUCAGUGGGAAAGAGAAUUGCAAGUCAGGCUUCAGCUUGAAGAGAAACUCCAAGAACUAGAGCUUCAGGCAAAGCAAAAAUUGGAAGAAGAACACUUCAGGCAAAUAAUGAUAUGGCGCUUAGAAAAGCUGCACAAGACAACCAAGCCAUAUGAACUGCCCUUUAAACACGAAGACCAAAAAGCAAUAGAAGCAAGCAGCAGUAUUCAGCUGUCAAAUGUGUAACUGUCAGAAACAUGGAAACCAGCUGUGUAAGAAGAUAAAGGAAAAUGUAUGUAUUAAAGCUUCUCACCUCCUCUUUUUUAGAGUUAAAGCUCUGCAUAUUGAGUAAUGAAAUGUGGAUAAGAAAGUGCAAAAGCCAUAAUUGCUGCUGUAUUGCUGAUUGCAGUUGCUUCUCCAACUGUUUUUCAUUGUGAUGUUCCACAUAUAUGUUUAUAAGAAUAAAAAUACAUCAGAAAUCCUAUGAGGGAGAUCAGACCAGCUUGAGAAUGUUUUUGUGUAUAAACACAGAAGAUGAGGAAAAGGUGAGGCACUACCUCUCAUCUUAGCAAGGCAGCUCAGCAAGACAGCUUUCAGGGGCUGCUUUUCAAUAAAAAUACUCACAACCUUCAGUUUCAUAACACUGAUAUGUAAUGAUUAAUUGAAUUGUCUCCCAUGAAAUACAGUGUUUAUGGGGAAUCUUUUUCUGGAAUAAUACAUUUCUGAAACUUGUGUUUCUGGAUUACCUCACACUUAUGUUUUUGUUACUGUUUUGGCAUAGUCAGAUAUUCUAAACAAGGUCAAGAAAACCAACUGAAAGUUGCUUAGUAUCUUUAUCUAAUGUCUCUCUGUUGCCAUUAAAUCCUUCCUAAUCUUAUGUUUUCCUCUCAUUACUUUUUACCUCCCCUUUCCUUCCUUUCUACUUAAUUGUGUUACCAAUUUUGCCAUACUGCUUUCUUUUUAUUUGUGGAUGUUUUAAUAUUUAUUCAUAUUAGUAUGCUGCCUGUUCAAGCAACUCAAGACAUAUUGUCUAAUGUAUACAGUAAACCAGCU